CCCCGCCCCGAGCUCCCGGCCCGCGCACCCAGCGCGGCUCUACUCGCCGGGAAGGCGGCGCCGGCGGUGGCUGCUCACGCUGUGCCCACUCCCCGGCGCUGCGCUCCCGUCGCGGGUGGGCUCCUCAACCACUGGCCGGCCGCAGUCCCUGCCGAGAGGUGGCCUCUGCAUCCCAUCUUCUCACUGCUGGGGCGCCCCAGCACGUGUGCGACCCUUCUUUGGGGUGUUCGCACGCGCGGCUACCAAGCAGAGGGCACCCAACUUUGCCACCUUGCGGGUCGCCCUCGCUCAGCGGGAGCCUGCUCGCUCAGCUGCGCAACUGAGGACUCCGUGCUCCUGGCGGCGGAGCUGGUCCCCAGCCUGGCGCGCUGUGAGCGGAGGAGAGCUCUGGAGAAGUGGUGGGGAGCAGUGGCGGCUGCUGCCUCGACUUCCCUUGCAGCGCGCUGAAGAGGACCCUGGGAGCCGCUCCAGGCCCCAGGCGCUGGAUGACUGGCAGGAGGAACGCUCCCCUCAUCUGGGCUGGCGUGUGAAAACUGGGCUUGGGUACCCAUGUGGCUGCACAGUUCAGUGUGAUUCAUGACGGAGGCCACGCGGCUCUACCCUCUCUCUCCUCGGUACUUUUCACCCAUGAGGAGAAGGUGAGCUUUGUAGAAGACACGUUCCCAGAGUCAGAGACCCCUUGCCCACCAUGAAGGGAGCCUGCAUCCUUGCAUGGCUGUUCUCAAGCCUGGGAGUGUGGAGACGCCGCCCUGAGUUCCAGGAACCCGCCCAGUGCCAGAGAGCUGAGCAUCCUGUUUUCUCCUACAAAGAAAUUGGCCCCUGGUUACGGGAGUUCAGAGCAGAGAAUGCUGUGGAUUUCUCGAGGUUAACCUUUGACCCAGGACAGAAAGAACUUGUCGUAGGAGCAAGAAACUAUCUCUUCAGAUUGCAGCUUGAGGAUCUGUCUCUCAUCCAGGCUGUGGAGUGGGAGUGUGAUGAAGCUACCAAGAAGGCCUGUUACAGCAAAGGGAAAUCAAAGGAGGAAUGUCAGAACUAUAUCAGAGUGCUCUUAGUGGGCGGGGACCGGCUAUUCACCUGCGGGACCAAUGCUUUCACACCUGUCUGUACCAUCCGCUCGUUAAGUAACCUGACUGAGAUCCAUGAUCAGAUCAGUGGCAUGGCCCGCUGUCCCUACAGUCCCCAGCACAAUUCUACAGCUCUGCUCACAGCCAGUGGGGAGCUCUAUGCUGCAACAGCCAUGGACUUCCCAGGGCGAGAUCCAGCCAUAUACAGAAGUCUGGGCACUUUACCUCCUCUCCGGACUGCACAGUACAACUCCAAAUGGCUCAAUGAACCAAACUUUGUGUCUUCCUAUGACAUUGGAAAUUUCACCUACUUCUUCUUCCGAGAAAAUGCUGUAGAGCAUGAUUGUGGGAAGACCGUGUUCUCCAGGGCCGCCCGGGUCUGCAAAAAUGACAUUGGAGGGCGAUUCCUCCUGGAAGACACCUGGACCACCUUCAUGAAGGCUCGCCUCAACUGCUCCCGGCCCGGUGAGGUGCCCUUCUACUACAAUGAGCUGCAGGGCACCUUCUUCCUGCCGGAGCUGGAUCUGAUCUAUGGCAUCUUCACCACCAAUGUGAACAGUAUUGCUGCCUCUGCUGUAUGUGUCUUCAACCUGAGUGCCAUCUCACAGGCCUUCAAUGGACCGUUCAAGUACCAAGAGAACUCCCGUUCAGCCUGGCUGCCUUAUCCUAACCCCAACCCCAACUUUCAGUGCGGCACCAUGGACCAGGGCCUGUAUGUAAACCUGACAGAAAGAAACCUUCAGGACGCUCAGAAGUUCAUUCUGAUGCAUGAGGUGGUCCAGCCAGUGACCACCGUGCCCUCCUUCAUGGAGGACAACAGCCGCUUCUCCCAUGUGGCCGUCGACGUGGUGCAGGGCAGGGACACACUCGUCCACAUCAUCUAUCUGGCCACAGAUUAUGGCACCAUUAAGAAAGUACGGGCCCCCAUGAGUCAGGCCUCAGGCAGCUGUUUGCUGGAAGAAAUUGAGCUUUUCCCAGAGAGGAGGCGGGAACCCAUCAGGAGCCUGCAGAUCCUCCACAGCCAGAGUGUCCUGUUCGUGGGGCUUCAGGAGCAUGUGGCCAAGAUCCCCCUGAAGAGGUGCCCCUUCCACCAAACACGCAGUGCCUGCAUUGGUGCCCAAGACCCUUACUGUGGCUGGGAUGUGGUGAUGAAGAAGUGCACGAGCCUGGAGGAGAGUCUGAGCAUGACUCAGUGGGAGCAGAGCAUCUCCACCUGUCCGACCAGAAAUCUCACUGUGGACGGGAGCUUUGGCCCCUGGUCUCCGUGGACAUCCUGCACACACACAGAUGGCACUGCUGUGGGAUCCUGCCUCUGUCGGUCCCGCUCCUGUGACAGUCCAGCUCCACAGUGUGGUGGCUGGCAGUGUGAGGGCCCUAGGAUGGAGAUCACCAACUGUUCCAGGAACGGAGGCUGGACUCCCUGGACCUCCUGGUCGCUCUGCAGCACCACCUGUGGCAUUGGCUUCCAGGUGCGGCAACGCUCCUGCAGCAACCCCACACCCAGGCACGGAGGCCGCGUGUGUGUGGGUCAGAACCGGGAGGAAAGAUACUGCAAUGAACAUUUGCUCUGCCCGCCACACGUGUUCUGGACAGGCUGGGGACCUUGGGAACGGUGCACGGCCCAGUGCGGGGGUGGCAUUCAAGCCCGCCGUAGGACCUGUGAAAAUGGGCCUGACUGUGCAGGAUGUAAUGUGGAGUACCAGCCUUGUAACACCAAUGCAUGCCCAGAGUUGAAGAAGACCACACCGUGGACUCCCUGGACACCUGUCAACAUCUCGGACAAUGGUGGUCACUAUGAGCAGCGGUUCCGAUACACAUGUAAAGCUCGCCUGCCAGAUCCAAAUUUGCUGGAAGUGGGAAGGCAGAGGAUUGAAAUGCGGUACUGUUCCAGCGAUGGGACCAGCGGCUGCUCCACAGAUGGUCUCUCUGGAGACUUUCUACGAGCUGGGAGAUACUCUGCCCACACAGUCAACGGGGCGUGGUCAGCAUGGACUUCCUGGUCACAGUGCAGCCGCGACUGCAGCAGAGGCAUCCGGAACCGGAAGCGUGUUUGCAACAACCCAGAACCCAAGUAUGGGGGCAUGCCCUGCCUUGGCCCAUCCCUGGAGUUCCAGGAAUGCAACAUUUUACCCUGCCCAGUGGAUGGCAUGUGGUCUUGUUGGUCAUCCUGGUCAAAAUGCUCAGCAACCUGCGGUGGUGGACACUACAUGAGAACCCGCUCGUGUACGAAUCCAGCCCCAGCCUAUGGAGGGGACAUCUGCCUAGGACUGCACACAGAGGAGGCACUCUGCAACACACAGACCUGUCCAGAAAGCUGGUCAUUGUGGUCAGACUGGUCUGUGUGCGAUGCCUCUGGUAUCCAGGUCCGUGCUCGACAGUGUAUUCUUCUGUUUCCUGUGGGCAGCCAGUGUUCCGGAAACACCACAGAGAGUCGGCCAUGCGUGUUUGACUCUAAUUUCAUCCCAGAAGUGUCUGUGGCAAGAUCCAGCAGCGUAGAAGAGAAAAGAUGUGGAGAGUUCAACAUGUUCCACAUGAUGGCCGUGGGGCUCAGCAGUUCCAUCCUCGGCUGCCUCCUCACCCUGCUUGUCUACACCUACUGCCAGCGGUACCAGCAACAGUCCCAUGAUGCAACUGUCAUCCAUCCUGUCUCUCCUGCCGCUCUCAACAGUAGCAUCACUAACCACAUCAACAAACUGGACAAAUACGACUCAGUGGAGGCCAUCAAGGCAUUUAACAAAAACAACUUGAUCUUAGAGGAGAGAAACAAAUACUUCAACCCACAUCUCACUGGGAAGACCUACUCCAACGCCUACUUUACAGAUCUCAACAAUUAUGAUGAAUACUAGCAGCUCAUACUUUUGGCUCCUUGUAAACCCUCUGCUCCUCAAAGCCGUGCUCCAUGACUGCCCAUGUUUCUGAGGCUUCAGAGAUGACGUGUGGAUCCAUUUCAAGUGCAUUUCAAGCCAAGACUUUCCCAUCGCUACAAAAAGCCGCACACCCUUAAACACCUAAAUGUGGUGUUGUGACAAUCUGGUCUGUAGCAAACAUUUGAUUGUUGCUAAGUGAGCCAUGGUGUGAAGUUUUGUAUUGUGCUCAUCCCAAAUUCUAAGUGGUCUAUUGUUUCAUGAGUUUUAUUUCACAAAUGUGCCAACCACAUUAGAAAGUGUCUUUAGAUACAUAGCAUCUUCAUGAUUUUGAAUGUAGCACUUCAUGAUAUUUUAAUUUGAAAACAAACAAAAACCAGGCACUUUAUCUGAGAGGUCCCUUCCCUCCAACAGCGUCCAUAGUAAUGCAAAGAAUGAAGAUAUGACUAUGGCCAACUCCCCCAACCUGAGUUACUCAUGGGAUUUUGGAAAGAGUUUGUUUGCACUUGGAGUGAUUCCUGCCCAAGGAAGCCUAGGGAUUCCACCUGCCCUGGACCUGCCCAGUCGUGUGACUGUCAUCAUUGUGUGGUGAACACAUGAAGCAGAGAGCAGACAGUGAGACACACAGCAGUGUUCUGCAGCUUGCAGUGAAACUAGCCUUACUCUGACUUUUGGAUUCUGUGGCAUUCCAGGGAGCUCCCUGCCAUGCUGGAGGCCUGAAGGCCACCUGCCUGGGCAGUGGGAACAUGCUGAAGAGUCAGUCUUAACAUUUGGGUAGACUCUACAUCCCUCCCUCCCUGCAGGAAAAAAAAAAUCUUGAACAUUGAUGCCAAUUAUGGAAAAUAUUGAAAGUACCAAACUGUAAUUGAAAGCUACUCUUUUUAUUUUUUUGUGUUAUGCAGUGUUGAAUGAACUGAUGUUUAAUGAUAAGCAUUUUUUGUAUUCAUCAUCUUCGAUGUGUCUAAUGUACAUCAAUGGGCCCCUAUCAAGAGCAUUAAAGGUGUGUCAAACUGUCCCUCUGGGGCUCGGCACAGUCACACUAGAGUGACACUCUAGUACCAUGGUCUGCUUGUUUGCCCCCUUCUGCCCCCAGGCCAGAGGAGGGACAGGCUCUGAGUCUUUCGAUUAGAGCUGCCUUCCUGUGCACCCGGCCUAGCCAGUUCCACUUUGCUCUGAGGCAGUAGCAGUCACGAGUACCUUGAGAGGUAAUGGUUCAGAAGAUCAGGGCUUUAGUGACCCCUCUGCUCUCAGUCACCACGGAAUGUUUUAAGACCGUUCCUGAGGUCCUCGGAGGAGAAAAGGAGACCCAUUAACACCCGAUAUAGAAAAUAUGGGUCUCGAUUUAAUGCUUUUUAAAAGCAAAGACAAAAUAGCUUGUCUGUGCCACUGGUCACUAUGAUAAAGGCCUGAGUAGGUAUUCAUACAUGUUCUUAUUGGUAAAUAAACUUUCACGUCUAUGCAAAUGUAUAGCACGGGGAAUAAAGAUUACAGGGUUUUUAUGAGUGUGUAUUUUCCCUAUCGAAUAUUAAAAAAGCAAUCUCAGAAAAUGUUCCCCCCCAAAAAAUCCCAUGGUUAGUCAUGAAUUAUUCUCAUAUAAGCACAUUUUUCAGACCUAAUUCUCUGUUAAAAUUGGAAUUAAAAUGGCAGAUGGGUUCUGGGAGAUGUGUCAGAUUGUAAAGAAGUGGCAUGUGGGGAUAUCCCAGUGGGACAUCGUGUGGCAUUUCACACACUUCUUCUACAGUGUAUGUGGCCUCCAUUGCACACACAUUUUUAAAAUCCACACUCAACAGAUAGAUGUGUCAGAUGAUUUAUUUUUUGUCUCUAGGGUGGAUUUUCAUUGAAUGCCUCAACUCAUCACAUUACUUUCUUUUAAGAAAAGAAUAAAUCCUCCUGGUGUAGCACUAAAUUUUCUUGUUUUUAAAAAUAAGCUCCCCUUCUUGAAUGUUUCCUUAACUUGAAAGGUCAUUUUCUUUCCCCUGGAAAGGAGGGUGCAAAUAUUUCAAGAACUUAUAGCUAAACUUGAUCGGAAAUGCAUUCUAAGUGACCUCCAAUCUGGUCUUUGUCAGUUUGAUAUAGUAACCCGACUCCAGGAUUCUCAUAUUUGAAACAAGACAAUAUUCUGACACUAGUAUUGCCUUUUUAAAGCCUCAUUUUUGGCUUCCUGGUUCUUUAUUCAAAUUUCCACCCCCAGCCACCAGGUCUGUACUCUUAUUUAGUCAAACAACUGAAACAAUUGCUCCAGAAUACCAUGGGCUGUAUUCUGGUUUUCACCACCAGUGACAUGGCUUCUCUUCUGGAGGAACACACACACACACACACACACACACACACACACACACACACACACACA